AUGGCUAUCGAUGUAGAGCGAUUUCAGUUGAUUACACCUCACAUUCAACAGAUUUGGUCGUGUCCGUUUCAGAUAACACUCGCACUGAUUUACUUGUUUUAUACGCUCGGUGCGUCGGCUAUUUGUGGUGUAAUUGUGAUGGUGCUCUUUUUACCGCUCAACAUAGUCGGUUCGGUUAUUGUCAAAAGAUGGCAGAUGCAACAAAUGAAACUGAAGGAUGAACGUUCAAAAAUGUGCAAUGAGGUUCUGAAUGGUAUAAAAGUGAUUAAACUGUACGCAUGGGAACCACCAAUGGAAGAGACCAUCGAGAAGAUUCGUGAAAAAGAGUUGAAACUGAUUCGUAAAGCCGGUUUCGUCAAAGCCGUCAUUGAUGCAUUCAAUACAGCCUCACCGUUCUUCGUCGCGUUCCUGACGUUUCUCACCUAUACGCUAAGCGAUCCAUCGCACAUUCUAACCCCACAAAUCGCAUUUGUCUCCUUAACUCUUUUCAAUCAACUGCGAUCACCAAUGACUAUGAUCGCUUAUCUCAUACAGCUCACAGUACAAGCUCUUGUCGCAAAUAAGCGUCUAAAAGAAUUCUUGGUGGCGGAAGAGCUUAACGAAAUGGCCAUUGAUCGGGCUCCUCAACGCAAAGACGAAAAUGCCGAACAAACUGCGAUCGAAGUUCGAAAUGCAACGUUUGCUUGGGAAACAAAUGAUAUAAGUGCACUCACUUCGAUGGUGACUGAAAUCAACUUGAAGGUGCCAACAGGCCGACUGUUAGCUGUAGUUGGGAAGGUGGGAUGUGGUAAAAGCAGCCUUCUGAAUGCCCUACUAGUCCCAAGUCAUGGUGUUAACCUACUGUUAUAUGUAGGUGAAAUGGAGAAACUUCGUGGGUAUGUUGGCGUACAUGGACGAUUAGCUUACGUCCCUCAACAACCGUGGAUUCGCAAUCUUACGCUUCGGGAGAAUAUCACAUUUGGGAAGAGAUUCGAUGAGAAAUUUUACAAUAGUGUGGUUCAUGCGUGCGCGUUAAGGCCUGAUAUUGCGAUAUUGCCACAGGGUGAUUCAACUGAAAUUGGUGAAAAGGGAAUCAACCUAUCUGGUGGACAGAAAGCGCGAGUCUCGCUGGCAAGAGCCGUCUAUCAGAAUUACGAUGUUUAUUUACUGGAUGAUCCACUCUCUGCAGUUGACAGUCAUGUUGGGAAGCAUAUCUUCAACAAGGUUCUCGGUCCGCAUGGUUUGUUGAAGCAUAAAACGCGUAUCCUGGUAACACAUGGAAUGACCUAUAUAAAGGAAGCCGAUGAAAUCGCUGUAAUGAAUGGUUGGGUUUUGAUUCGCGGAAUAGAAUUUCGGGACGGCACUGUUUACACAUCACUAAAUGGUAAAAUCGCUGAGAUCGGCAAAUUCGACACCUUAAUAGAAAACUGCGGAGAGUUUGCUGAAUUUAUGGAGGAAUGUCAAAGGGAAAGUGAAAGACAACAAAAAGAAGAGGAGGAACGAGCCAGAAAGAGAGCAGAACUGGAAGAACCGGUAGAGAACAAUCCAGGUCAAUGA